GGACUCUUGCAAAUUAACGGAAAAACAACCAACACAAACACCAACACUGAUUCCGCAACCCAAAAAAUCGAGACACCAAAUGAAAAUGAUGUUGACUCUUGAAAUAUAGCUGCCAGAUGCAGGAGCACACCCGCGGGGGCAUCUUCACUGCAACAACACACAAUCUGAAUGGGAUCUCGCUGCAGAAUUGGUGUUCGUUGACUAACAAGGGAAUGUCAAUGGGGCCACAUUCUUUUCUUUUUCUUUUUAAGAUUGUGAGUCGAACUCUUGUAGAGGGAUAGCCAAGAAAGAAAAAGAAGCCGAUGAUUACUUUGUAUAUUUAUGUGCUAGUCCAAUACUGGAGGGGCUAGCUCAGAUAAAAGAAAAAUUGGUUACAUUCCAGGAAGAAAAUGCGUAGACACUACGCGCAUGCAUUGCUUCCCAAUGCCAUGCGAUCAAUAGCAUUCAUUAAACAUAAGCCCUUAAAUGCACACUACCAAUCGGAACGAUAUCAGUUUAAAGAUAAUCUCGAAGUGCAAUCUUAGUCUCUACGCUUUGCGGUGGCAUACAUUUGCGUAAAUAGACAGCGUGCGGCACAGCAUAUGCCAACCUACUUGCUUACUCCAGACUUCAAGAUAAAUUAAUACUCAACUGCCUCCAUCUUUCGACAGUGAUCUUUCUUGCUUCAUUAGAAAUAGCACAUUAUGCAGAUUCCUAUAGAAGUAGAUUAUAUAAUCGUUGGUGGAGGUCUCACCGGCUGUGCGCUUGCAAGCCACCUAUCCAAGCGCCUCGGCCCAUCUGCAUCCAUCCUCGUUCUCGAAGCUGGUCCAGAUCCUACAUCAAAUCCCAAUUCGGCAAGCCUAGGAGGCGGAUUUGCCCUUGCUGGGUCUGAACUUGACUGGUCUUAUAAAACCACACCUAUCUCUAGCAUCUCGAACCGCGUUAUUACUCUCAACGCUGGAAAAACGCUGGGUGGAAGUAGUAUUUUGAAUUAUGGUGGCUGGGCACGUGGCGAUACGAGUGAUUACGAUGCGUGGACAAGAAUGCUAGAUGAUAAGCGUUGGAGUUAUAAUGGUCUCCUGCCAUAUUUUAGAGGGAGCGAGGCAUUCAAUGAUGCAGGAGCAAACUCAGAGCAGUACGGCUCGAAUGGUCCAAUGAAGGUGAAAAGUAUCAGUGGAAGUGAUCCGAAAAGAAAGUAUCCGCUACGUGAGCCGUUACUAAAAGCUGUAAGGAUUACUCUCUUUUGAAUUUGGAGGCUCUUUCUUCCCGACCUCAAUUUGUUACUCUCAAGUUUCAUCAACUGCAUUAUCCCUACUUCCACAGAGAGUUGGCUCCCCCCUCCUUUCCCCAAUAGCAGACCAUAAAAAGAAAAUUACUGAUACUCCGAUCUUCUAGUGGAAAGAAAUCGGGGUAGAGCGGGUUCCAUCAAAUGCUGGCAAGCUUGCUGGUCUAUCCGAGUUUCUCGAAAACUUUGAUGAUGGGGUUCGCCAACCAUCCCAUCUAGCAUAUGAUCUAUCUGGCGUUCAAGUAAAGACUGAAGCUCUCGUCCAUCGCAUAAAUUUUGAGCAAGUUCCGAACCAAGAGCCGCGAGCCAUAGGCGUGUUACUUGCGGAUGGCCGUCAGAUUAAAGCUCGCAAAGAGAUCAUAAUCGCAGCUGGUGCCGUACGCUCACCACAGUUGCUACAACUCUCAGGAGUAGGCCCCGCCUCCGUGAUUUCUCGUCAUGGUAUUCCAGUAAUCUAUGAUUCUCCAGCUGUCGGCCAGAACCUUUUUGAUCACUUUGCACUCUUUCAAGUUUAUAAACUACGCGAUCCGGAACGCGGACUUUCUCUUGGACACCCAUCCCUUGCGGAUCCAGCGUUCUUCAAGGGUAUGCCUGUUGAUUGGAUUGUUAAUGAAGCAUUGCCAGCCGAUCAGCUUAAGAAAGCUUUAACUGAGGAUGGGGACCCAUCGGAUUCACAUGGAUUGGAUGAUGCCAGUAGGACUCAUGUUGAGACCAUGGUAGUAUACAACCCUCUUGCACCCGGAGUUCCUGUCAAUGGCAGUUUCAUCGCUACUUCUGUGAUGCUCACGCUGCCAACAUCUCGAGGCUCACUAGAGUUGGCGUCUGCUUCACCAAACGAACCACCCAUUAUUCGACCAAACUACUUCUCUACAGCAGUAGACCGAGCAGUGUUGAUUCAUGGUGUUCGUCGAUUGUUGCAGGCUCUUACUUUCACUCAGGCUGGGAAAGAUGUGGUAGAAUCCGAGAUGAGCCCUGGUCCUGGUCUGUCAUCAUUGACAUUGGAAAGCAGCGAUAAGGACAUAGAAGACCGGAUUCGUGCGAUUGGAAGCCCACAUUACCAUAUGGCAGGGACUUGUGCACUUGGGACGGUACUCGACACUGAGCUACGCGUAAAGGGUGUUCAAGGACUCAGGGUUGUGGAUGCAAGUAUUUUUCCAGCGCCACUUGGGGGCCAUCCUCAAGCUUCACUAUACGCGAUUGCGGAUCUAGGAGCAGAGAUGAUUUCGAUGGCAAAGGAGGCCAAGGACACAAAUUGACAUGUGAAUCAGACUCUGUAGCUUCCAAUUCGGGGCAGCAUACGGGCUGUUCAUUUAAUCCAUAAAAUUUUGUGGAUGAACUGUCUGAUAAAUAAAUAAAAAAGUGAACUAAACCGUUUGAUAGUGCCACAUUAUUUAAAAUCAUAUCAGGGUGAAAACUAAAUCCUCAAAUUCUCUUUUCUGAGGAAACCAUCGAUUCUUUUGAAGAAUAGUAGCUUCAGCAGUUGCGAAGUAGGGAA